AUGCCGGGGUCGGACGAGAAGGCUGAAGAAAAUGGCCACACCCUGAUGAAGAAGGCAGAAGAGGACGAGGUCAUCGAGGACGAGUUCAAUAUUCACUCAACAGUCGGCCUGGUCUCUGCACUGCUGCUGUCCUGCCUCGCAUCGACGGUGAGCGAUUCCAAGGAUCUCAAAGACUUCGCAGAGGAGCGCGACCGCAGAUGGGAGUUGCAAGACGAGGGAGUCUCCAUCUUUGACGUCUACCAGGCCUUGAUUUUCGUCUGCAUGUCGUGCAAUGUGCUUGCCAUCAUGACGGCGAUUGCACGCCUUAUUGCUUUUCAGCGAGUUGCAAAGUCUGAUGCCCCGGAGUUUCAGAGGAUAAUGGCAGCAGGACGGGUGGGAUGGUGCACAGGUGCGCUGCCAGUUGUGGCAAUGGCAGCUGGUGUUAUCUCUUACAUUCUGGUCAUGCUGGUUCAGGGAUACCUGGUGAUGCACAUGAAGACCUUCUGGUUCUGUGUGGCGACCAUAACUGUCUGCAUCAUUCUCUGGGCGAGCCACGAAGUAUGGAUCAUCCUUGCGAAACGAGCUGUGAAUCACCCUGAACUCCUCAAGCUUAGCUGUGCUCUUAGCUGUGCUGACGCACCUCAGGAUAGCGAGUAUGAAGAGCUCGAGAGCUCCUAG